AUGGUUAACAACAGYGAUGCUGUUAUAGACAAACAACUAAUCAGUAAAUUAAUGGACAGUUUUGUUUGUAUAUGUAUUGCUGGCGUYGAUUGUCGGCACAGUUAUCGCGGUAGCGGUUGUAUUGUCAGUGUCGACGAUCUGACAGCUAAUGUUGUCACUAACUAUCAUUUGGUCGAAACUGUCAACAAAAUUGUCGAUAUUAUCGGUAACGGAUGGUCAUUAUUGGGACGGGUAGUCUAUGUCGACCCGAAACUGGAUUUAGCACUCAUUAAGUUUACAAAUAAUAAUAAAAAUUUGAUAACUAAUUAUCAAAUCUUGCAAUCGUUUCCAUCAUUUGGCGAUCAUAUGCUAUCACUUGGCUAUGCAACCAAUGACUAUAAUUUGUGUACUGGUAUUAUUAUAAGUCCCGCCAGUGUCUAUCUAACCGAUCAUAAUAUGUCAUACUUUUAUUCGUGUUCACCGGGAAUGGUAUACAUUGAACACUGUGUGCCAAUAUAUUCGGGGUUUUCUGGCGGACCACUAAUCGAUGUAUCAAAUGGACAGUUGUGUUGUAUGAACUGUAUUGUCGAAAACGGUUCGCAAAGAUUUGCCAUUUCAGGCGAUUAUAUCAAUAAAUUUCUGGAAAAUGCCCACUUAUUUCGAGAAAGUCAACAAUUAAGACGACUCUCUGAGCACCGGGCGAUCAGAUUAGGUAUGCAUUUCAAGUGGCAAUCACGCGGCUGUUAUAUAGUGACUAAGUUUCUCAAUUUUGAUGAAACUUAUAUGGGUUCGGAAUAA